AUGUCUGUCGAGACAAAUGUACAGAGCCUAUUCACCCCGGAUGGCAGCUCCGCGGUGACAAAAAGCAGCACCACGGUCCUGCUACGGGUGCAGCUUCCAGACUCAAGCACCACCGUCAUCCAGCUGGACAAGGAGAUGACCAUGUGGGAGAUUGUCAAUGUGAUAUGCGCAAAGAAAGGCCUCGCUCCGUCACGGCACGACAUCAAGGUGCUUGUGGAAGGCAAGGAAGAAGCGGCCGAUCUGGCUCGGUCGCUCAUGUCAUAUACCAAGCUCGAGAGAAUCAUCCUCAUCUCGACCGACAAGGCAACAGCGGCCAAGGACACUGCCAUGAACCGUGCACCAACAAGCUCUGUCAAGUCAUCGCACUCUGGUAGCGAUGUCCGUGAGAAACUGCUCAAAGAGAUCGAGAGUACCCGCGCCGAAAAGACUCUCAGCAUUCAGACAUCCAGCCGUCGUCCAUCCAUAAUGAUGGACCGGUCCAAGAAUCUGUCGGUUCGCACUGCUCCGUCCGAGUUUCCCAAGACCGUGAUCCAGGCGGAAGAGGGACAUGCCGGCCCCAAAAAGGGCAAGAGUCUGAUGAGUCUCUCCAAGAUGCUCUUCAAGCAAAAGUCCGAGAUCUCCGAAGUCGGCAGCCUGAACAGCGCCAGCAGCCACGGGAGCCUGAACGAAACCGUGGAAUUGAGUCUGCCCGCCUCCGAGUGCGGUAACAGCCGCAUCAGUCUGUCCAGCAUCGACGAACAUGCCGAACACUCUGAGCUCAGUCUUGCCGAAUCGUCGGUGCUUUCGUCGGCCAAGACAACAAACUUUCAUGUUUUGGACUCCCCAAUGAAGAGUCUCCUGGAAGAUGGCGAUGGUCGCCUGUCCCUCGCCAGCACCCAUUUCGAGACUUCGGUAACGCCGGAUACGCAGGGCUCGGUUCUGCUGCCGCAUUCCGCAAGCAGCUACAGCCAGAACGGGACGGCGUUUGCGUCUGCAUUUGCAGCAACAUCGUCGGUGUCGUCGUUUUCUGUCGACAAAGACGAGGACAGCGACCACAAGCCCUCGUCUCACGAGUCGCUUGCCAGCCUGCCAGAUAUGCGGUUCUCCUGCGCCUCGGAAACGGAUUUGCACAAGCCCCACAGCCCGUCCAGUUCCGGAUUUCCUGCGCUCGAUCAUAAGGCCAUCCGCAAGCGCACGAUAUCAGCUGGCACCGCGCCCCAUGGCGAAGCCAGCCUAAGCAUCGGACGAAAGGCGACGACGCCGACGGGAUCCAAGCACAGCGUCGAUUCUAUCUUUGCCAGAGAACUCGAGAAUAGCGGAUACUUGGACCCCACGCUGCGGCGUGUCACCCUCAAGACCAAAGUCCAGGGCCAGGCCGACGAGGUUGUCGUUAAGAUUCCGAGCGAGAUCAUGGUAGAAUCGGCCCUGCAGCAUAUCUGCCAGAAGCGCGGCAUUGAUUUCGCCACCCACACCCUCGAAAUCCUCCGGGGCGGCAAGCAAGAGUCGUGUGAACUGGACCGGACCCUCCAGUCCUAUUUAGACGAGGGCCAGUUCGAGGAUGUGGUGCUUGUGCAGAAGCGCAAGGAGUACAGUACAGAAACAUACAGCGACAACGGCGUGGAUGUGAUGAUCUGCCAGCGGGUCAACAAGAAACUGAUUGUUAUGGCGGCGACCAUGGACAUGCUGCUCGACCGCUUGGUGAACGAUGAAGAAAGAGACCAGCAAUUCCUGGAUACGUUCAUGAUGACCUAUCGCACCUUCAUGACACCGACGGAGCUGAUGGAGUUUCUUGUCAGCGCCUUCAACAUCGAGGCGCCACAGCUGGCCUCCCAGGAGGAAACGGCCCGCUUCGACCAAAUGCGCUCCACGAUGCAGAAAAAAGUUCUGAACACCGCCACUUUCUGGGUCGAACACCACUGGCACGACUUUGCGCGCAACAGCGACCUGCGAAAGGGUCUGGAAGAGUUCAUGCGCCUGGUGGUCAUCAACCGCGACAAAGGAGGGACGGAUUUCACGAUCCAGCUCUCGGACAUCAACUAUCUGAUUGAAACCCAGACCAAGAAGCACGAGGAGAUAUUCCUGUACUAUAAAACGGUCGAGAAGAAGGGCAAGAUGAUGGAAAGCAUGUUCACGGAGCUCACUCCCGAGGAGCUCGGCAAGCAAAUGUGCAUUCACAACUUCAAACUCUUCAAGAACAUCCAUCCAAUUGAGUUCCUGAGCCAGAUAUGGAAGAAGCCCGAGGAUGAGUCGACGCCGUGCCUCGACUUUUUCGUGUCUCGCUUCGACAAGGAGUCGUAUUGGGUUGCCACCGAGAUUGUACAGAUCAAGGAUGCCAAGAAGCGGUCUGCGGUGCUGAAGAACUUUAUCAUGACGGCCAAGCCUCUUCGCGCUGAUCGCGGGUCUGGGGCUGACGCCCGUGACAAGACUGAAGAAGACCUGGGAGGACGGUACGGAUUUAUGCACUCAUAUCUUGCGACCCGAUACCCCAAUUUGCACAAGAUGCUGCCGGACAAGACCAAGAAGACAUAUCAGGAGCUUGAGAAGAUCAGCGACCCUUCACGGAACAUGAAAAACUACCGCGAUGCCCUCGCUGCCUCUGCGCCACCGAUUGUCCCGUUUCUGCCAAUUUAUCUCAAGGAUCUGACCUUCAUGAACGACGGCAACCAGUCCAAGGUGCGCGAGAUGAUCAACUUUGACAAGCUGCGAAUGAUGGCCAAUCGAGUCAAGGACAUCUCGGCGCUCGUCGGAAUAGAAUACAAGGACUUUGUGCCCAAUCCGAUGAUUCAGAACUACCUGGCCAAGCCACCGAUCGAAAAGAGUAUCACGAAGCUGAAGGAGAUGUCGCUUGAGUGGUAA